CUUGCAACGCAGGUUUUAGUCUAUUCUCUAAUCUCUCGCUUCACAAUUCACAUGGCUCUGGAAGCUUACGCAGCAGCAAACCCUGACAAAAUCCACACAGAUGUCCUCACCAAAGCUAGGGAUUCUUGUUACAAGGCUCGUGAUGCGUUCUAUGCCUGCCUGGAGAAGGAAUCGGACAAGAAGCCCACAGAGAUUGCAUCUGUGGGUUUGUUAUACCCAUUAGAAUGCAAAGAGUGCAGGAAUGAAUAUGUCAAACAGUGCCGAUCUUCUUGGGUGAAACAUUUCGAUAGGCAAUACUGCCAGAACAAGAGGGUUCAGAGACUUUUGGAUGACAAAGGGUCCCGGAGAGGUCCGUUGACGCUCCCACAGCCUUACACUUUCAAACCCAUUGCUUGAAUUUUAUCAAUAAUUCCAUGUAGAAAUAGUAGUAAUAAUGGGUCACAAUGCUGAUUCCCCUUAUAGCUUAAGCAUGACUCUUUGCUGUACAUUCUCUAUGUGUUGUCUACUUUGAGUUCUUACUAGUUACUAUUUCAUGUUGUGUUGAAUGAUUUUUCAUUUAUUUUUAAUAUCACACUGCAAUUAGAAUAAAUAUCUGUCUCUAGGAAGUUACAAGUUGUGGUGCCAUGUGCACUUGAGUGGAGAAUACCCUCAUUAGGUUGAGUUUAUUCAUGUUGGCAGGGGUGUAAACUAUAAGGAUCUUCUUGGCCCCUGUUGAAGAUGGGAGAUCACAUCAUGGUAUUUCUUUGGGUGGAUGUGAAUGUGAAGUACUUAUCUAUAAGUCAGUUGCUAAAAGAAGUUCUAUAAUGCUUUUUUCUUGUUUUCCAUUAUUUUCAGUUCUUGUGGGAUGUUCUAGCUCUUGGUUUUGACUAUUCGCAAUGUAAUUGUACACGCUUUGACAAUUUUAUAGUUCCCUCCAAUUGGCAUUGUGUUGUAAAAGAUUGUAGCAACUGAGUACUGAACAUGUUUGGUAUCUACGCAUUAGUCAGAACUCAAAGGAAUAUAUGAAAUGGCCCACAUGGUUUAGUUUUUUUA